AUGAUGCGCCACGUGCUGUGUAUCCUCGCUCUCCUGCUCUCAUGUGCGUGUGUGCACGUCCUCGCUGAAGAAGUGCCUGCCGCUGAUCUUUCCGACCAAGUCCCUGAUGCUGAAAAUGAUAGUGUUGUUAGAGUUAUUGAGGGUCCGGAGGGGAAAUUAAAGGCAAAAGGUGAUUCUAACUGCCCUGAUGGUGUUACUACUGGUAUUUGUGCUCUUCCUGUUGUGCAACGUGGUGGUGAUGCUUUGGAGUGCUCUCCUGGUAAAACUUCUCGUACCCCUGAUGGUACUUGUACUUCAGUAUCACAUCCAGCAGUACGACAACCAGAACUUAGUCAUGCUGCGGAGUCAAGAGAGGGAUCGGUACACACAGACGUUAAUGAUCCUGCACAUAAUAGCAGGCACCCUGUGGGAGGUGAUCCUGGUAAUAGAGGUAAAAGGGAUGUGAAGGAUCCAGAUGUAAAUGUGAAAGGGCCUAAGGUGGAUCUAGAGCAAACACAGAAGAGGAAAGAAGAACGGUCUGCUGAAGAUACUCAAGAAGGUAGAACACCGCCUGAGGGUGGUAAUCAAGCUGGAAGAGAUCAGAACCAUCAGGCACAAGCUUCUGAUCGUGAAACAACUUCACGUUCUCCUGAUACUCCUUCUUCAGUAGUUCUUCCUACUACAUCACGUACUGAUGAGACCACAACUGUUGGUGACACAUCGGCCCAACAGAUACCAAGUGGUAAUCGUUCACAGGAUAACAGUGAUCAGGGAGAUAAUGUUAAAGGUGCCAACACACAGAACACGCACACAACAGGGCCAGAAAGUAAUGAUGGAGAGGACUCUUCUACUUCCAGAACUCAAAGUACAGGUGAUACUUCUUCCAGCAAUACAUCCACAGAUGAAGCGCAGAAUAAUCAGGCUGAAAGUGACCCUAAUGUUGCAAAACCAUCUGAGGGUGAAUCAACCAGUAACGAGGAAUCAACCACCACCACAACAACAACAACACUUCCUCCUGAACUCACAAACAACAAGAAGGGUGAUGCAGACAGCAGCAGCAGCAGUAUGAGUUCUGUGUGGGUGCGUGUGCCACUACUGAUUGUGGCUACACUGGCCUGUAUUCUUGUGUGCUGA